UAACAUUCAUGCAGCAAUGCCAGACGGCAUGGGGGCAGACGUUCGCUGGGUGGAGUGGCACAGCACCAGAAUGCACAACUGCCACCGGCCUCACAUGCGACGCCUCCGGCUUUAUUGUGAUGAUGCAACUGCGCAACUACAAGCUGGCAGGGCAGAUUCCUAGCACCAUCAGCCUUCUCAACAAGAUGACUCAAUUUGAUAUUGGAAGUAACCAGGCUACAGGGAGCAUUCCUGCAACCGUGACUGCACUCAGCCUGCUGAAACACCUGGCUUUAAGCAACAACACACUCACGGGCGGGAUUCCGUCUGACAUUGGAUUGCUCACAAGCCUGACGACCCUCAAUCUCAACAUCAACGCGCUUUCAGGAACCAUCCCCAGUUCAAUCUCCGGUCUCAGUUCACUAUCGAUUCUGAAUCUUGCCACGAACCAGCUCACAGGCAACAUCCCUCCUCAAAUGAGCGCGCUGAACAAGCUAUCACAACUUGAUCUUUCAAGCAACCUGCUCACAGGAUCCAUUUUUUCUAGUUUGAGCACACUCUCUCUUCUCACUACCCUGAAUCUCUAUAACAAUAAGUUCACCGGAUCCAUCAACGCUGCUGCAAUAGGGGCCAUGACGAAACUCGUAACCCUCAAUCUCCGCACCAACUCGCUCACAGGAUCCCUGCCCUCCACGCUAUCAAAACUCACCGCACUUUCAACUCUAUCCCUGUAUAGCAACCAGAUCUCCAGCACUUUCCCUGCUGGCAUGAGCAUGCUCGCAAAGCUUACAAAUGUGCAACUGAACAACAAUCUACUCAGUGGUAAUAUUCCUUCAGGUGUUGGUUCAUGGACAAAACUGUCGUACCUAGACUUGUCAGACAAUACGCUGAGUGGCAGCCUUCCCGCUUCCAUCAGCGCACUCACUGCAGUGUCUCGACUGGACAUUGCAAACAAUCAGCUGACUGGCGGGAUUCCUGCUACCAUCAGUGCACUCAGCCUACUCGCACGCCUAGACCUUUCGAUCAACCAGUUUACAGGGAGAAUUCCUUCCACUGUUAGUGCUCUCACAGCGCUCACGUAUCUGUCCCUCCAAUCCAAUUCACUCACAAACUCUAUCCCUGCUCAGAUUGGUUCCGCAACAAGGCUUUCGUACCUGAUGCUACAGUACAAUGGAAUCAAUGGCUCUAUACCUGUUGAAAUUGGUGCUUUGUCAAAACUGGUGACCCUGAAUAUCUCAAAGAACGACCUUUCGGGGAGCAUCCCUGCCAGUAUUAGUGGUUUCACUCUACUCAAUAACCUGUAUCUCCAAUACAAUGGACUCACUGGCUCCAUCCCUGCUGAGAUUGGUGCCAUGACCAAACUUCUGUGGCUGGAUAUGUCAAACAACCAGCUGUCUGGCAGUAUUCCCUCUACCAUCGGUGUACUCACCUCAGUUUCCCUCGUGUCUCUUCAGAGAAACCAGCUCACGGACGCUAUCCCUGCUUCAAUCGGCUCACUUUCAUCUGUAUCAUUCCUCUCCCUCGCUUAUAACCAGCUCAACAGCUCAAUCCCUUCCACCAUUGGCUUGCUCACGAAGCUGGUAUACCUGGAUCUUCAAUGCAACAUGCUUUCAGACGGCAUCCCUGCCAGUAUUAGCACUCUUUCUAGGCUCAGUACCCUGAUGUUAAACACCAACACCCUCACGGACCCCCUACCUUCAAGCAUUGGCUCGCUCACAGGAUUGUCAUUUCUAUCUCUUUAUUACAACCAGGUCUCUGGACCCAUCCCUGCCUCCAUCGGCUCCCUCACCAAACUUACAUUUCUGGGCUUUUAUGCUAACAGCUUUUCGGGCCAGAUCCCUCCCUCCAUCUCCUCGCUAAAAAAUCUCAACACCCU